CUCUCCACCUCCGGCCCCUUUCUCGGGUCUCUCCCCGCCUCACUCCACCCCCUGAAGGCGGUUGGUACGUUCUAGAUGACUCCAAGAGCUUAAAAAGGGCCCGGGAGGGCUGACUCCUCAGAUUUGGUCUUGACCGGCCGGGGCUAUUAGGCUGGUCUCCGGUGACUCCUAGCCCUGAGCCUUGAUACCCUUGCGAGAGCUUUGAGCGCGGUGGGUCCCCGGCGUGCGGGGUCCCGGGUGUGUGUGGUUGUCUAGCCUGCAGCCGGGGUCCUCAGCGCGCUCGCGUCCUCCGCAGCUGGCCAGAAGAGACGCGCCCCAGCCCUGCGGGGAUGGAACGGACCGAACUGCUGAAGCCCCGGACCCUGGCCGACCUCAUCCGCAUCUUGCACGAGCUCUUCGCGGGGGACGAAGUCAACGUGGAGGAGGUGCAGGCUGUACUGGAAGCCUACGAGAGCAAUCCCGCCGAGUGGGCUUUGUAUGCCAAAUUCGAUCAAUACAGGUAUACUCGAAAUCUUGUGGAUCAAGGAAAUGGGAAGUUUAAUCUGAUGAUUCUGUGCUGGGGUGAAGGGCACGGCAGCAGUAUUCACGAUCACACAGACUCCCACUGCUUUCUGAAGCUGCUGCAAGGAAAUCUAAAGGAGACACUGUUUGACUGGCCUGACAAAAAAUCCAACGAGAUGAUCAAGAAGUCUGAAAGAACCCUGAGGGAAAACCAGUGUGCCUACAUUAAUGAUUCCAUUGGCUUACACCGAGUAGAGAACGUCAGCCACACAGAGCCUGCCGUGAGCCUUCACUUGUACAGUCCACCCUUCGACACCUGCCAUGCCUUUGAUCAAAGAACAGGGCAUAAAAACAAAGUCACCAUGACAUUCCACAGCAAAUUCGGAAUCAGGACUCCAUUUCCAACUUCGGGUUCACUGGAGAACAACUAGGGCCUACCAGGCCCUUCAAAGUUUCGCUUCUGGGUCCUCUGAAUGUUUUACCUUGGACAGAGAGGCCACCCACCAUUUGCUGUCCAGUUACACAGUUAAAUAAGUCCAUGCUCAGUUCUACUGCAAAGUGUGUGUACUAAGGAAGCAAACGAUGCCCUGAGCUAUCUAUACAGGAGAAAAAUCCCACUAAAGAAAAAGUCACUUGAUUUUUAAUGACCAGGUUCAUUUGUCUUCUAACUCUGCUUGUGGGGGUUGCCCAUGGAAACUCUACUGGGGGUCUUCUAACUCUGCUUGUGGGGGUUGCCCAUGGAAACUCUACUGGGGGUCUUCUAGCUCUGCUUGUGGGGGUUGCCCAUGGAAACUCUACUGGGGGUCUUCUAACUCUGCUUGUGGGGGUUGCCCAUGGAAACUCUACUGGGGGUGAGGUAUGGUUUAGGUGGGGUUUUUCAGCUUUUGGAAACACUCUGGUCUCUGAACUCUAAUAAUCAAUGAGUAAAAAUAAGAAACCACAAAUUAUCAUAUGUCUGUUUUACCUGGAAGCCUAAAUGUAGAAAUCCUUAAUAUACAUUGUAUGUUCUUAAUAUUUGACAAGAAUUUUUUUUUUCCCAACCCUAUUUGACAAAUUCCUGUGCUGUGGACACUAGGGACGCAUAGAGCAGCCUGGUGCUUGGUAGUGAACGGCAUGGGGUUAGAAAUGUGCAUAAACCCAGACCUCCUGCAAACAAAAACUGAAACUCAUGUGUAAUGGGUGCCUCCAUUUUGAGCUGCCACCAAAACUGCCAAACAACUUUAAUAAAACUGAAUUUGAGAAGAACUA